GUGCAAAGGGACCUAAAGGUACCGCAGGUGAUCCAGGUACAGGUCUGCCGGGACCCGACGGACCACAAGGCCUCAGAGGUUUGGCAGGCCACCCGGCAGAACCCAAAGACGGCUUGGAGGGUCCCCGAGGUCCCCGCGGCUUCCCUGGUCCGGUCGGUCAGUCCGGCAUGCUCGGGAUCGCAGGGGUGCCCGGAUUUUGCGAGGCACGGGAUUGCAGCAUUUACGCACCAGUGAUGCGCAAAGAGCAGGGUCUGGUGAAAGGACCGGGCAGUUCAAAGAUCUGAACCUGAACAGGAGCGCCGAGCACCAGCGUGAUUCUGCAGAGCGACUGAGAUUCACCUGAGGGCAACUUUAAGGUUUGUCUCACUGAAUUCCAGCUGACGUUGGAGCUGGGUUUAAAAACAGGACAGAAGAUCUGUUAGAUUAAUGACAACAGUUUGAUUAAAAGCUGCGAAUGAUUCUAUUCUUCGUUUAAAAUGUCAGAGGACCGAGUGUCGUGCCCUGUGGCGCUCCGCUGUGGCAUUGUUGGUAAGAAAUGGGAAACUAAGCAGAAAUGAAACCAGAAAAGACUUUUCUAUCCAAGCUGGACCAAAAUUUUAUGAAGAGUUUAUAAAGAUCCAAACACUGUUACAGUUUUAACCAGAGACCAUCACGUCUGAGGCGUUUAAUUUGAUGAAAACACUAAAUGAUUCCAGACUGAAUCAUUUCUUCCGUUUUGUUUUUGUAUUCUCUGGUUCCCUAAAGUCACCAUUGUUGUUAAAAAAUAAAAAAUAAAUUUUAAAUUUUAUGUAAAUAUUUUUGUAAAGAAUC